GCAAAAUGACUAGGUAACCCGACUUUUGGUUUUUGUGGCCUGGGCAUUUCUGUUUCCGGUAAGUGACAGUCUUAUUUACAGGGUCAGUGUUCUUGUCUAUGGAAUACAGUCAACCAAGAAAGAUGAAAGCUGUUUUGUUACUUGCGAUAUUGUCUUCUGUCGCCUUUGUUUUUGCCAUGAAGAGGAGAGUCGCCCACUGUUCCAUAUUGAUGGAACAGGUGUGUUAUACACAAGGACACGAUCCUCAGUGUGGAACCAACAACUUCACCUUUUACAACAAAUGUGAGUUUGCUCAGACUCAUUGUAAGAACCCAUACAUCCAUCUUGCCCAUAGUGGGCCGUGUGAUGGCGAUAGUCACAACUCCAUGAACCUGACUCAUGGACAAGAACUGGUGUUUGAACUUUUUUGUAAGUCGGUGACAUCACACUCUUGUCCGGAUGAUUUUGCUGAAGUGUGUGGCUCUGACGGCGUCACGUACAUCAACCACUGUUUCUUUGAGACCCACCGCUGCCUCCACCCCGACUUGUACAUCAACUACGAGGCUCCAUGCAGUACAAACCCCGUGGGAUAGAGACGCCUAUUUCUUCUAUUUUGUGAUAUGUACAUACAAAAAUAUAUUUAUUAAAAAGAGAAUAUUUACGUAAA